AUGGAAGAACGUGCAUUCGUCUUCGGUAUGGAUAUCAUCCGUGAAACAAGUUACUAUGCAACACAGUUAGAACUGAAUACAUUAGAAAAUCAAGCAGAGCGACAACUUUCAUUUGCUAAUACUUGGCUAAAAUUUGUUCGUAAGAAAAAAUCUACAACAAUUAUAUCGAAAUAUCCUACAACUUUACCUAUGUGGUUAUUACCUGGUAUACAUUUUCUUCGAUAUGUAUGUUCAUUACAUUUUACAAACUAUAUUAAUGAUGAGUUGUUUAAUACAUUUUAUGAGAAUAUGCAACAAACUAUUAAAUAUUUACACAAUCCAAAUGUUAAUAAUGAAUAUAAACCAAUUACUCCUAAUACUCGCCCUAGAAAGUUAUCUAGAUCAUUACAAACGUCAUCAUCGAGAAAGAAUAUUUAUAAUAAACUGCAAAAGAAGAAAUUUAAAUUAACAAAAAUUGAAGAACUUGAACAUAUGGAUAGAAAAAUUGAUCGACAACGUUUUAAAGAUGGUCUCAUUGGUAAAAUAAAGCCAUCUAAUGAAGUUUCAAAUAAGAUUCCAUCAAUAUCGAAAAGAAUGGAACAAGAUUUAGCAUGUUUAAAAAUACGAAAUUUUCAUAAAUUAAAUCUUCUUUCACGUGGACAGUUUGCAACAACUUAUAAAUGUACUGUGGAACCAAAUGAAAUUCUUUGUUAUAAACAAUACAAAAUUCAACAUAAUGAUGCGGCUGCGAUCACUAAAGUUCUGGAACAAUUGGUACCACUUAUGCAUAUAGGACAUGAAAAUUUAAUAAAAUAUCGUGGCAUAGCACUCGAACAUGACCAUAUAUUAUUUUUCAUGGAGUAUUGUAGUCAUGGUACCAUAGCUCAAAUUCUGCUCGGUACACCUUCAUUAUUAUCAUCACAUGUAGAUAUACGUCGUCAAUCAAACUCACUAGUAUGUUCAUUGAAUGAUACAGCAUCUGUCGAUAAAGGCAUAAUACAAACCACAGCUGGUUUUGCAUUUUUUGAAGAAUUUCUUGUGCAACAUUAUUUAAAACAAUUAUUAUCGGCUUUAUCAUGUUUACAUGAAAAAGAAAUUAUACAUCGUGAUAUACGCAAUGUUAAUAUAUUUUUUAAAGACGCAACAAAACAAUCAAUUAAAUUGGGUGAUGUAAAUUUUGUUUAUGAUUUUAAAUUCAUGAAAAAACAAUCAUCACUACUUGACAUGGAAGCUAUCGCUAAUAUACGUGAAUCCAUUGUUUUCUAUGCACCCGAAACAAUAACACAAAAUGAAACAACAACUAAAUCUGAUAUAUGGUCAUUGGGUUGCACACUUGUGCAUAUGUUAACAGGUCGUAUACCAUGGAGUAAUCCAUCGAUAGCAUCAAGUGCUUACUAUUGGAAAGUUAUUAAUUGGGUUGCAAAUGGUGUACAGCCAACUAUUCCAACAGAUUUAAGUCUAUCGAAUGAAUGUAUUAAUUUUCUUGAGCAAUGCUUCCGAAAUGAUCCUAGUCUACGACCAUCAUCACAGGAACUUCUUCAACAUCCAUUCGUCAAAGAAAACUAG